GGUGGAGAUUCCAAAAUUGGGAGACAUUUUAACAACAUUACCAGAAACAAGGAUGUGUCCGUUAUGUGUUGGGACUAAAGUGAACAAUGAUUUUGCGGCGCAUUGCAACAGUGUUCACCCAGAUUUUGUUAAGAAAAAUGUUUUUGCUGCACCCACAGGCGUAGUCAAUCGUUUUAUUUAUCGAAUAUUGAAAAGCGUGGGGCUAUCAGAAUCUUCCAGUGGUCUUAUGGCUGAUGCGAUAGAUUAUUCUGAUAAAUUUGGGUGUACAAAAUUUGGAUUAGGGAGUCUUUUGUCUACUGUCAUUCAAAUAGCAUCCGAGGAUAUGGACGAACUUGGUGAUCCAAAAAUGGAGCGGCAAGGAUUAACGCUCUUUGUUGACGGGUCGAAGUAUCUUGGUCCUGUUGUUGGACUUUUCUGCAUGAAAAAAGCUGCCGAGUUUGCUCAACAAUAUGGUAUGGGGAUAGUAAUUGUUAAUAACACUGACAAUCUUGGCUUUGAAAGAUUUUAUGUUAAUAGGAUGCUUGUACAAUAUGGCGUGAUUGGUAUCGUCUUCUCCGAAAACUCGAUGUAUUUCAGUACUAAUGAACUUGCUGAUGUUUUUUAUCUUCCUAAAGGGAGCAUUGAAGAAAUUAAAGGGAUUUUAGCAUUGUUUGACUUGAAUAACGAGGAGUUAUUUGAAGGGAAAACGAGCGUCAUUAUUGGAGUUAAACGUGAAUACGAUGUUUAUCAACAGUUGGUGGCUAAGGAGAAUCUCUUGGAUAAAUUUCGAAAGCUUCAACAUAUAGAAUUAGAAUAUGAGAAAAGACACAACAAAUAUGGUGCCGUUUAUUUUAAGGAAUUAUACGAAGACAUGAAAAAAUUGGCGGUUUGUUGCAAGAUUCCAGUGUUUGAUGUUCGUGUACAUCUUUAAAAAAGUUGUAACAUUAAAAAGCUGUUUGAUUUAAUCUCUUUAAAUACGAUCUUAUAAAUAUAAGAUUUCUUGUAUUCUUUUAUUUAAUUUAUUACCUACCUGUCUUUUAUUUGAUUUUAAACAAUAUUUUGAUUUUGGGAGAUAAAUUUU